AUGGCGAACAUUCCACGAGUGGACCAAGGAGUAAUCAUCAGUGCCCAGUUCGGCGGCACCACGAUAAUUAUGAUUGCCAAUGCCGCCAUUGCUCGCGAGCUGCUUGACAAGCGCGGAAACAUCUACAGCGACCGCCCGCGCAUGGUCAUGGCGGGCGAGAACCUGACCAAGGGCAUGCAUCUGCUGCUGAGGCGCUACAACGAUCAAUACCGGCUCCACCAGCGCAUGCAUGCGUCGCCAUUUAGCCCCCGGGCGUCAAACACGUACUAUCCUCUGCAGGACCUGGAGAGCAAGCAGCUGCUGUACGAUUUUCUCAAGACAAACGACUUUCAGAAGCUGUUCGACUGCUACAGCGCCAGUCUGGUGUAUUCGCUGGCUUACGGGUACCGUCUGCAUACGGGUGACGAAGACGAGCUGAAGGACGCUCACCUCGUGGAAGAAAACUGGGCCUAUGUCGGACGCGUCGGGACAUGGAUCGUGGACGCCCUCCCUUUCCUCAACGUUCUCCCUGCCCCUCUGGCGCCAUGGAAGCGGACGACGAAGAAAGAGAGGGCUGUUCAGCAAGGCGUGGAACUGGAGCAAGGAGUUCUCUGCCUCAAGGAAGCCGAGCAAAUGACGGAGCUGGAGUUGGCGUACAGCGUCGGCGUUCUCGCUGAUGCCGGGCUGGACACGACGUCAGUGCAGAUGCGAGUCUUCACCCUGGCCGCGCUCGCCUAUCCGGACUUUGUCAGAAAGGCCCAGAAAGAACUGGACGAAGUCGUUGGACCGGACCGUCUGCCGACGCUGGACGACAAGAAGAAUCUGCCAUACAUCGUAGCCAUCGUCGAAGAACAGUUCCGCUGGCGCUCCAUCGUUCUGGGAGGUAUCCCGCACGCGACGAUGCAGGAAGACACGUACAUGGGGUAUCGAAUCCCCAAGGGCGCCACCGUAGUGGGACUGCACUGGGCGAUGAGCCUGGAUGAGAAGGUAUUUGACCGGCCGAUGGAGUUCCUGCCUGAGCGCUGGCUGGAGGAGAAGAAGCCCGAGAACACAGACCAGCAGGAGCAGUGCUUCGUCAACUUCUUCGGCUACGGCCGACGGAUCUGCACGGGGCGACACAUUGCGCGGAACUCGAUUUUCCUGCUGAUCGCGCGCCUGCUCUGGGGAUACAACAUCAAGCAUGCGGUCGACAGGGACGGGAAGCGCAUCGAGGUGGACGACAUGGCUUUCACUUCCGGGUUCGCCUCCUCGCCGCUGCCGUUCGAGGCGGUGUUUGAACCGAGAAGCGAGCAUGCGAAGGCGGUCAUCGAGAGGGAGUGGGAGACGGCCGAGAAGGAUGUCGAUGUGCUGUUGAAUUCGAUUCGCGAGAAUCAGGUUUCGAUGGGGAUGAAUCGCAUCAAGGACUUUAUUCUAGGGACUGGACUAGCAAGGGUUGAGUCUGUCGCUGCGAACUUCCUGAGCUUUAUUAGCUACCAAGGCUACUAG